CGGUCCGCGUGGUGUUUCUUUGCUUCCAUGCAAGACUCCCUCCAUCGAACCAUCUCUCGGAGAGAGAGAGAGAGAGAGAGAGAGAGAGAAGCGAUUUAUGUUUCUCUGUGCCAAUUCCUAGUUAUCACUGCGAAACAGUCGUCAAACAACUUAUCUCUUUCGAUUCAGAAAUUAUACGCUUUGAUGGGUGGGUAAAAUAUCGAGUCCCCAUUAGCAGACACUGAAGCUAGACGCAUUACCAGUAGGGUUUUGCUCAGAUCUUGUUCUUGCUCUUGAUGGAUGCUGAAUCCAUUGCAGUUUCUUGUUUGAUCAAUCCAGGGGAAAGCACACUUGCCCGGCCAAUCAGGAUUCCGAGAUUGUAAUUGUUUGGGUUUUCUGAUCAAGGUCUUUAUUCGUUCUUUCCUCUGUUUCUUUUUCCUUUGAAUGAGACGGCUCAGGUACACAAUUUUGCUCUUGCAAGUUUGAGAUUUGGUUUGGUUUCUUGAUCAAUCGAUGGAGGAAGAUCGAGAGCGGAAGUUUGUUUGCAAGAUUUGUGGGAAAAGUUUCCCUGGAGGGAAGUCCCUGGGAGGUCACAUGAGGGGUCAUUUGCCCAAGAAUUCAGCUAAGAAGCAUCAAGAUAGCAAUGAAACUGGAAUGGAUUUGGGAAGCGGCGGCGGUGCUGGUUGUGGGCUUGCAGGCAAACCCAAUAAGGAUUUGGGGGUUUCAGAUUCAACCCUUGCGCCAGAGAAGCUAAAGAGCAGCCAAAUGGACCCUAGUUAUGGUCUCAGAGAGAACCCUAAGAAGUCUUGGAGGAUGGUAGAUGAAGAAGAACACAGAAUAGAAGGGAAAGAAAAUUGCUGCAAAGAAUGUGGCAAAGAGUUUCCCUCUUUGAAAGCUCUGUCUGGUCAUAUGAGAUGUCACUCGAUUAAGGCGAGAGAAGACCAGCAUGUGUGCAAGCAAUGUGGCAAAGGGUUUGAUUCAAUUAGGGCUUUGUUUGGUCAUAUGAGACAUCACCCUAAAAGAUCUGUUGAAUCUCCAGAGAGCCAAUCUGACUUCGUGGCACCCUGCCCAAUUCACAGAAAGAGAUCAAGAACAAGGUACCAGAAUUCUGAAAGUUUUUCUUUAUCUAGUUUGAAUGGAUCUUCAGAUGUUUCUGAGAUUGACGAAGUAGAAGAGGCUGCAAUGACUUUGAUGAUGCUAUAUAAGGGCGUGACGAACUGGGUUGAGUUUAAUAAGGAUUUUGUGUCGUCUCAGAAUUGCUCUGAGUCUGAGACCUCUAAAGGUAAGCGGUUGCAGCAUCGGAGCAAGGGUGGAAAUAUAUUGAAUGCUGAUGAGGCUAGAAAGACCAAGAAACGGAGAGGGCAAUUAGAUUCUUGUGUUUCGUUUUCUGGUAAUUCUUUGCUUGAGAAGAAUGGACCUGAAGUUGAUGACCUAGAUUCUGGCUUUAUGAGCAACAAGGAAAAGAAGAUUGGGUUGGAAGGAUCUGUUUGUGGAUUUCGUGAAUGUGAUGAAAUAAAGAAGCCUGAACUGGAUGAUGAAUCUGGUACCCAGUUGUCUGAUCUUGAAAUUGAGAAUGGAAGUAAAUUCACUGGAGUAGAAUUAGGGAAGGAACUGGUGAGAGAAGUUGGAUUUGACCAAGCUGCAUCAGAAAUAUUGGAGUCUAACUCAAUCGAGGAAGCCUGUUAUGACAUUCAGGAUCCUAAACUGGGGGAAAUUUCUUGUGGUGGAAUAAGUCACAUUGCUCCUACUUCUGAGGAUCUUUGAGGAUACUCAAAAGAAACACAAAUGGAGGUACAUGGCCUGUAACAAGAUGUUUCAUUCUUUCCGAGCACUUGAAGGUCAUCUAGCUAGGCAUAAAACUAUCAGUAACAGGGAUUCUAUGGUGAAGAUUGAGAUCCGCAACUGGAGUGUUAAGGCAAACUUCUUUACUGAAUAAUCUGAAGCAAAUUCCAGCACAGAGGGAAUUCAGUUGAUCAGGACAUUGAAGAGGUUGCCAUGACCAGUUACAAGUUAAAAGGCGAGCAAGAACUAUAAAUGCCCAUUCUGCUUCAAAGUUUUCCCAUCAGGCUAACCCUGGGAGGUCACACAAAAGGACUCACUACAUCAAAUUCUCUGAAGACAAACCAAAGAGAGUGAGUUAACAAAGCAUAAUCUUCCGGAUGUUGAUAUUAUUUUUUCAUGUUAAUCUCGCAGUUGCUGUUGAAAAUGAGGUCAAUGAUGUGGUGAGUUGCAAAUGUGAUCUCAGUUGCUUUUGAAAAUGAUCAUGAGAAUGAGCUACUGUGAUCAUUAGUUGAACCAACUGAUUCCUUUUGAUGGUUUGUCAUUAGUGUAAAUACAACUGGUAGAUCAGGGGUGAUACUUGGGAUGACAUGAAUAAGGGUAAAAGUUUUCCUUCUGUUCUCAUUGCUUGUAAUGUCAGAUCUGCC